AUGGAGCUAGAUAUGAGGCUAAACAAAAACCAAACUAUUGAUAAACAUGUGCAAGAUGAGCUCAAUAAAGAGAGGAGUCAUUGGAAAGAUGUGUUGCUGAGAAUUUUCUCAUUGGUAAAGACUCUUGCUAAACAGAAUUUGGCGUUUCGUGGAAGUAACGAGAAAAUAAGCGCAGACGGUAAUGGAAACUUUUUAAGCUUUAUUGAGAUGCUUUCUGAGUGGGAACCAGUUAUGAGAGAACAUCUUAGGCGUUUUGAAGAUGGUGAGUCUCGUCAUCAUUAUCUCAGCAAUAAAAUUCAGAAUGAGGUAAUAGCAAUGUUAGCUAAUGAGAUCAAAGAUUUGAUCAUCAAGAAGAUUAAGCUUGAUGACACAUCUGGAGGACUUUUUCGUGAGAUUCAAGAUGUGUUGGUUGCUCUUGUUUUGAGGAUUGAUAAUCGAUGGAAAGUACUUGAGGAUAUGGUGGGAGGACUAACAGUUAAAUCUUUAUCCCAAACUCGUUGGGAGAGUCAUUUUCUUAUUUCCAAAAGUUCAGAGAAACAAGUUUUGAGAGAGCAAAAUCUGAAGCUAUUCUAUUGUCUGAAUCCAUGGACAAUGAAGCUGUAUUCCCUACAAAGGCAAAGCGUGUUAUAA